GGCUCCUCCUCUGCUCGUCCUCCUGGUCCUCCUGGUCCUCCUGUUGGCUUCUUGGCCACUUGGUCCUGGUCUUUCAUCGUGUCUACUGAAGUGCUUGUUGAAGUUGCUUGACACACUGCAACCAUGGCUGCUACCGGAUCUUUCCGUAUGGUGUCAGAGGACGAGCAGGCCAUGAGGUCUAAGCUGGAACACCUGACAGUGAAGGAUCAUGGGCCGGUGUUUGGACCGUGUCACAAACUGCCUGGACAUACUGUGCAAAAGGCAAAGGACGAGCUGAAUGAGACGGAUGAGAGGCGAGCGUCGUCCCUGAAGGACCUGAGGACCAUGAUGAAGGACAAGGCUGCGGAGGGCAACGACCUGGCCAAACUAGUCCUGGAGCGUUUCGGGGACCAACCGGACGCUUUCCUGCUGCGUUUCCUCAGAGCUCGAAAAUUUGACGUCGCCAGAUCUCAUGAGCUCAUGAAAGGUUACGUGCGCUUCAGGAAGGAGUAUCCCGAGCUGUUUGAGAACCUGACGGUGGAGGCGGUCCGCAGUACCAUCGAGGCGGGCUACCCUGUGGUUCUACCCAGCAGAGACAAGUACGGCCGGGCCGUCCUGCUGUUCAACAUCGAGAACUGGGACCUGGAGGAGAUCACCUUCGACGAGAUAUUAAGAGCUUACUGUGUGAUCCUGGAGAAGCUGCUGGAGAACGAAGAAACCCAGAUUAAUGGCUUUGUCCUGAUUGAGAAUUUCAAAGGCUUCACCAUGCAGCACGCCUCUGGCAUCAAACCGGCCGAGCUCAAGAAGAUGGUGGACAUGCUGCAGGACUCGUUUCCUGCUCGUUUCAAGGCGGUUCAUGUGACCCACCAGCCCUGGUACUUCACCACCACCUACAACGUGGUCAAACCGUUCAUGAAGAGCAAGCUGCUGGAGCGGGUCUUCGUUCACGGUGAUGAGCUCGACUCCUACUUCAAGGAAUUCGACGCCGAUAUUCUUCCUGCAGAUUUUGAUGGAAAAGCCUCUGUUUCCGACUGCCAGGCCAUCGCCACCAAGCUCUUUGGUUCUGAGGACACCGCCCUCUAAAGGCCAGAGACAGUAGUGUCCUUCAGAACGGACGCUUCCUUUUGUGGUUUAUGUUGAAUCUAGGAUGACAUUUUUUUACUCUAAUAUAAGCAGUUUUUAAGGUCAAAAAGUAUGUAGUGUUAGGAGCAGAGGAUGAGUGACAUACAGAGAACGAAGGUGAAUGUUUAGGAAAUGUACAGAAGAACUGAUGCGCAGUGUUUUUUGUUUUGUUACUGUAUAAGCUGGAGACUGAGAGACUUUAUAGUGCAAUGAUGUAGCUUAGCAUGAGAAAUGGGUUUGUUUUGGUAUUCUUUGCCUUAAAAAUGAAGAAAUUCUACAGUUUGACCGAACAAGAACAGCCUUGUGCCUUUAAUCCUGUCGAGUUCAGUUGUUGCUGUAACAGUUUGACAGUGGAGGACGUAUGAAGACACACAAGCCUGCAUUAGAUUAGGAGUUUUAGGAGCCGGAGCCGGAGCCGGGUCUCCUGAUGCGGUGCCAUCACAUACUUUGUUUAUCAUCAGCCUUAUGUUGAAGUCAGAUGUAUAACAUUCAGAUGCCUCGCGUACCGUAAAAAUCCAAUGUCCUAAUUGCUUUGGAUUUGACAUAUUUUAAUAAAAUAGAAUUUCUCUGUGUAGUUUUA